GGAGUUGUGUUGUCAAAAUGGCUGGACACGAACAUCACUACCAUCACUUCUCUCUGUGUUUCUGUGAUUUAAUGAGACUGCUGUGGUCCCUGGUGAUGCCCUGCGUCUACCUCAGCCUGUUCCUGACUCUGGUUCUGCUCUUGGUCGUGCUGGGGCUCCGCGUGUGGCUGCAGGGGCGCCGGAAGAGCCGCCAGGCUCAGGGGGGCGGCCCGGCGCUGGCUUUCUUCCACCCGUACUGCAGCGCAGGAGGCGGCGGGGAGCGGGUCCUGUGGUGCUCCCUGAGGGCCCUCAUGAACCGAUACCCCAACGUCUCCUUUGUGGUUUACACGGGGGAUAAGGAUGUGACCGGUGAGCAGAUUGUGGAGGGAGCACGACAGCGUUUCAGCAUCACGCUGCCUCGACCGGUCACCUUCAUCUUCUUGCGUCACCGUGGUCUGGUGGAGGCCACUGCUUACCCCCACUUUACCCUGCUGGGCCAGAGCCUUGGCUCCAUGUUCCUCGGGUGGGAGGCCCUGACAGCCUUCGUUCCUGACCUGUACGUGGACUCCAUGGGUUACGCCUUCACGCUUCCGAUCUUCCGCUACCUGGGAGGCUGUAAGGUGGCGAGCUACGUUCACUAUCCUACAGUCAGCACCGACAUGCUGUCUGUGGUCAGGGAGAGGAACCCCAGAUUCAACAAUGCUGAUUUCAUCUCCAAAAACCCGGUCCUGAGUGCUGUGAAGGUUCUGUACUACUGCUGCUUUGCUCUGCUCUAUGGCCUCGCCGGCUCCUGCAGUGACGUCAUCAUGGUGAACUCCACCUGGACGCUGGGACACAUCCUGGCUCUGUGGCGCUCCCCGAGCUGCACCAGCAUCGUCUACCCACCCUGCGAUGUCCAAGCCUUCCUCGACAUCCCGCUUGAGGAGGAGGAUGAAGACGAGGUGGAUGAAGGCUGGGAGGAGCUCGGACGAGAGCUGGGCAGGGAAGAGGAAGGCGGAGGUGGAGACAGGAAGUGCCAUUCCAUCGUGUCUGUGGGUCAGUUCAGGCCGGAGAAAGACCACAAACUGCAGAUUGGAGCAUUUCACAAACUCCUAGACAGAAAAGGGGAGGGGCCUGGGGGCCGGGAGUCUCUGCGGCUGAUCCUGAUCGGUGGCUGCAGGAACCAGGAAGAUGAGGAGAGGGUUCUGAUGCUGCGAGGACUCUGUCAGGAACUCGGGCUGUCAGACCGCGUCGACUUUAAACUCAACAUCCCGUUUGAGGAGCUCAAGAGGGAGCUGGUGAAUGCCACCAUCGGGCUGCACACCAUGUGGAACGAGCACUUUGGUAUAGGUGUGGUGGAGUGCAUGGCUGCAGGCACCAUCGUUCUUGCCCACAAGUCAGGAGGGCCGAAGCUGGACAUCGUGGUGCCGCACGAGGGCAGGCAGACGGGCUUCCUGGCAGACAGCGAGGACAGCUAUGCUGCUACCAUGGAAACCAUCCUGGCGCUGGCGCCGUCAGCUAGACUGGAGAUAAGACGAGCUGCCCGCGACUCUGUUGGACGAUUCUCUGACCAGGAGUUCGAGGCGUGCUUCCUCUCUGCCAUGGAGUCUCUGAUGAGUGAAGUGGUGCCAUGAAGAAGACCAGAGGAGAUGUGAGGUCCACCAGGGACCAGGACUCACCAGAGACGUGUUUCACAGCCAUGUCUGAGUGGAGAACAGUGAGCAUCAGUGAAGGGGCGCUCUGUAAAACUAACGGCAUUAACGCUGAUGGAACCUUCUCUAAUCCUUCACGUCUUUCAAAUAGUUCCACACGUGAGAAUGAUUCAUGUCCACACGUGCACAGGACUGAGCAGUGAACGAGCUAAAGAUGAUGCUCAGUGUACAAAGUAAGUCAGAGUCCUGAUGAACACGUAAAAUAACUUCCCCGUGAUGUUGAAGAAAAACCAAAUGUAGGACG